CCUCAACCCAGCGCAGCUUCCCCAUCACCACCACACCAUUCCUCCACGGCGCCUACCUUUGUGGGACAGCUGCUUGCACUGUGCAAGAUGCCUUCCACGGUUCUCGGGAAGAGAAGUCGCACCUCUUCCCGCAUUGAAGGUGCAGUAGACAUUACUCCUCGCACAACACGCGCAAGGCGGGCCGCGCAGUUCGUGAUUCUGGAUGAGGGAGAAAAUGAGAAUCCUUUUGUGACUCCUCAUAAGACGUGUCCUCAGGAUGAAAACGUUCCGGAUGUGGAUGAGCAGGCCGAGCAGCCGUCAGCGAAGAGAGGAAGGAGAGCUGGGAAAAUUCCCUCAAAACGUGGUGCGCCUGAACAUCGCCCCCUGGCAGAAAUCCAAGGCAACUCGCCAUCGAAAGCGCCUGCCGUAGACUCGGACAAAUGCCCGCGGACUCCCAGGCGCCGCGAUGCUUCCUCCUCCAACAAGGUCGCAAUCACCCCGAGACACCGCAUCCUUCUCGCCGGUCGACCCCUGACCCCUCGAACUCCGCACACCCCAAGCACCCCACGGUCAUCCGCGCCCACCGUGUACAAUGAAGCCCGCCAGCUCUUUGCCAGAGGAAGCGCCCCGUCCGCGUUGUUUGGACGUGAUGCAGAGCGAAACGAACUCAUCGCAUUCAUUUCCUCUCGUAUCAAAGCAAAGAAGUCCGGGUGCAUCUACGUCUCUGGUCCUCCCGGUACGGGAAAGAGUGCCUUUGUUAACGAUGCGUGCCGUGAGACACAAACCGAAGGGGUCAAGACUGCCUAUGUGAACUGCAUGAGCAUCAAGAAUGCGGUGGACCUAUUCAGAACGCUAUUGGAAGAGUUUGUGGAUAUCACCGAGGUCGCUGAGGGCAAUGAGAUGGGGAGUUUGAAGAAGCUGUUUCUGCAGCGCAAGACCUCGUACAUAGUCACUCUCGACGAGGUAGACCACCUGCUUGAACUGGAUUUGGAUCUACUGUACAGCAUCUUCGAAUGGUCACUCCAGAAGAACUCUGGCCUCAUUCUUGUCGGCAUCGCUAACGCGCUCGACUUCACGGACCGCUUCCUUCCCCGGCUCAAAGCUCGCGGGCUCAAACCACACCUUCUGCCUUUUCUCCCAUACUCGGCCUCACAAAUAUCCUCCGUCAUCACUUCCAAACUCAAGACGUUGCUUCCUACCGAGUCCAGCCAUGUCCCGUUCAUCCAACCCACUGCGAUCAUGUUCCUGUCCAAGAAGGUUGCGGCGCAAUCGGGAGAUCUUCGCAAAGCAUUCGACAUAUGCCGGAGAGCAAUUGAUCUUAUCGAGGCGGACACCCGUGACCAGCAUGCCAAAGCUGUCGCUGAGAUAACUCCAUCUCCCACCCCGUCCCCCUCGAAGACUCCCCUUUGCGACAUUAUCAACCACUCUUCCCCGGUUACGCAAUCCCCCUCAAAAGUCAAAUCACAAAAUGCGUUGGCCACGUCCCUCGCAAAGCUGACCAUCGAAACCGCUCCACGUGCCACUAUUGCCCACAUGGCCAAGAUCACUGCGGCAGUUUUCAGUAACGGUACGGUGCAACGCCUACAAAACCUUAACCUCCAGCAAAAGGCUGUUCUGUGCGCGCUUUCGGCUCUUGAGAAGAAGAAACGAACUUCCACUGGGGAUGGCACCAUCUCCACUCCGUCCAAAUCCCACAGCUCGGCACCCACGAUUAAGGAGCUCUACGACGCGUAUACUGCUCUGUGCAAGAAGGACAAUGUGCUGCAUCCUCUAACCAGCACGGAAUUCAGGGAUGUUGUCGGCAGCCUAGAGACGCUCUCGUUAGUAUCCGCUGUCGAGGGCAAGGCGGGAUCACUUGUUGCUGCGGUGGGAACCCCAAGCCGUAAAGGCCGCGGCGGAGGAUUUGGUGGCGUGGUUAUCGAAGAUCGCCGUAUUGCUAGCGCUGUAGGAUCGAAGGAGCUGGCGAGUGCGCUUGUUGGGCCAGGAAGUAGCAUUCUAAAGCGUAUCUUGGAGGACAGUUAAGCAUGGAAGAUGGCAUUAUAGAGCGACGAGGAUAGUUAUGUUUUUGGAGGCAAGACGUCGGUUUGUUUAGCAUAGCGCGUCAUUAGCAUAGCGUGGGCGUUUCCGCUGUCGCUCAUGCCGUCACGGCAUCCUUGGGUUUCAGUACAAUGGACAUAUUGCCAG